AUGGAUUACCUGCGGAACCUGGGCUCGGCAGCGGUGUCUUCACUUGUGCAAAAGUCUGGGCUAACCCUUCCCUUCUCACUUGGGCCUAAAGUCACGUCUUACGAGGGCAAGUCCAUAUGGACGUUAUAUGAAGGAACGAAACGCGACGACGGAAGCGCGAUCUCCGUCUUUGAGUUUGACGCGAACCAGCCCGGGAAGAGGACGUAUCUACCCCUUGCGAAGAAUUCGUUGCGGAAGCUGCGUACUGUGCGCCACCCAGACGUCCUCAAAUUUUUGGAUGCAGUCGAAACAGACACCACUGUCUACAUCAUGACGGAGCGAGUUCGCCCUCUGGCCCCUGCGAUACAGGAGCGCGCUUCCAAAAGUGCACAGGAGAAGGAAGACUGGCUGCUGUGGGGCAUACAUCGUAUAUCAGUGUCACUCGCCUUCGUGAAUGAGUCCUGCACUUCAACUCACGGCAACGUACGUGUCGACUCUGUGUUCAUCUCCCCGUCUGGUGAAUGGAAGCUGGGUGGGUUCGAAGUUCUCAGCAGUCCGAAAGACGACGCCGCCAUCUUAUAUACUAUGGGGAGCCUGCUGCCCGAUGCCUCAACAUAUGCGUCGCCAGAAAUCAAGAAGGGAGGCUGGUCUGCCGUUAAAGAGAAUUCCGUAACUGCGGCAGAUGCUUACGCUCUCGGCCUGCUAAUACACUUCGCCUUUAACCCUUCACAUCCGCUCCCCGCUACAGCGCAGCCACCACAUCCACCUCCUGCGCCAUCCUCGCGUGGAUCCAUACCACUAUCGGUCUUCCCGUCGUACAAACGGCUACUGAACCCGAACCCGAAGGCACGUUUGUCGUCAAAACACUUCCUCGAGCUCGGCAUGGCCGAAACCGCGGGCGAAGGCUCGGGUUUCUUCUCCACGAACCGCCUUGUGAAGGUCUGCGCAGGACUCGACAACUUCAAUAUCGCUAGCGAGGCCGAGAAGGCGUCACUCUUGAGGAUAUUGAAGGAAUCCGCUGCGUCGCUCCCGCCAGAGUUCGCAUCGUAUCGCGUCCUGCCGUCACUAGCUUCUGCGCUAGAGUUCGGCGGUGCGAGCGCUGCAUCCAUCCUCCCUUUAGUGCUGCAGCUCGGGAAGAACGUCCCACCACAAGACUACGCUUCUGUUAUCACUGUGCAUAUCGUGAAGCUGUUUGCUAGCCCAGAUCGGGGGACGCGUAUGGCACUGCUCGAUAACUUGCAAGAGUACGCCGAUAAGUUGGAUAAGAAGACUGUGAGCGACAAGAUUUGGCCGAAUCUGCAAACGGGGUUCAACGACACAGUCCCAGUCAUUCGCGAAGCAACCAUCCGUUCUAUCAUCUCCAUCUCUGACAAGUUCAACGAGCGCAUUCUCAACAACGACCUCCUGCGCUUCCUCGCUAAGAUGCAAGGCGACCCGGAAGCCUCUAUUCGCACGAACACCUGCAUUCUCCUAGGGCGCCUCGGCCCUAACCUUGGCUACAACACGAAGCGCAAGGUACUCGUGGCCGCCUUCGCGCGCGCACUCAAGGACCCGUUUGUGCACUGCCGCGUUGCAGGCCUCAUGGCGCUCAUGGCGACGCUGGAGUGCUUCGAGACCGAGGAGAUCGCGACGCGUGUCAUCCCGAAUAUGUCGUUUGCGCUGGUAGACAAGGAGAAGCUAGUCAGGGACCAGGCGUUCAAGGCGAUGCAAUUGUUUGUGAAGAGGCUCGAGGAGCAUGCGGCCACUAUGGUGAGUGGCCGGUAG